AUGCUCCGGUGCCGAUCUUUUCUGAGGCUACAACAGCGCGCCUUCUCUACUAGGCAAGCACUGAAUUCCAUCGGAGACUGGUCAGAGAUUCCAAUUCCAGGAUUCAAUGCGCCUUUAAACUUCCGGCCACAAACUAAUGUAGUAUAUGAGUACAUGGAGGGGUUUCCGAAUGCAUUGGACCCAAAUCAUGUUGAAGAUGGCAGUCUCGAUCGACUCGUCACGCACCGAGAGAUUGUUAUGAUGCAACUCAUGAACAUCAUUACAGAUAAACCUGAAUGGGACCGCAAGGUCUUUAAUGAGCAUAUCACCACCAAAUGGCGUGAAGAAGUUGCUGAAAGCGGAGAGGAUGCGACGCCUAAAAUGAUGGAUUGGAUUAUCAAGGAGCUACAAUGGAAGGCCGGCAUCCUAGAAAAGAGUGGCUUCGUAGAAGUCUUUGAUGAUGGAGUCUUGAAAUCUGACAGUGUCAUCUCUAGUGACCUAAAAGCUUCCUUGAAAGAGGCAGUGGCUCCCCUUGGAAACGUUCCAGAAGACGCAAAAGACUAUCAUCCCCACUCGGACAACAAAGUCGUCGAUUUGGUCCACCCUUCGCUCUUCCCGGUUAUUUAUAAUCGAACCCACGUCCUCCGCGACCGUAUUAUCGGUCUUGAUGACUGUUUAGACAGCAUUGGAGACGGUGAACUGCUUCCUAGCCCGUCGAGAGAGGAAUCUAUUAUUUGGCCAGACGAACAUUCUCCUUUCUCUCUCCAAACGCACGGACACUCGCAUCCACCUGAGCUCAGCACAAAGUUCCAGUGGCUACCCUGCGACGUGAAAAUCGCUAAAGACGGCGGGUGCCGAGUUCUUUCUUACAUCAACAAUGCUCAUCCAGUCGACCACCGGGCGCUAUAUGAUGUUGUGGAGAAAAUUCUCGCACAAGUAUUUCCUCUUUGGGAGAAAUCCCUGAGCGGAAGAGGUUGGUAUGACAAGAGAAUCGAGUUCAAAGAGUCCGAAUACGAAGAAGGUAGCGAUCCCGAGCCGGUGUGGAAUCCAGAGGACAUUGAUGACAAUGGCGAUAAGUGUUAUGAGCAACAAUGGAAUUUGUGGUACGAUUCUCUUAAAAUAAAACUUCCUGAGCCAGGGGAAUUUAGAAUCAGAGAUUCACAAGACGAGAAGGUCGUCAACUUCAACAAACACUUUCCAAACAAAAGGUUUCAAGUGGUUGUGAAGCUAGCGAAUAUCGAAUUAUCACCCGAGAGGCCACACUAUGAAGGAGGUACCUGGCACAUAGAGGGUCAACUUAAUGAACGCAUCGCUGCAUCCGCAAUCUAUUACUACGACUCUGAAAAUAUCACUCCCAGCUCAUUGGCCUUCCGCCAUCGUGCAUUAGAUGACUUUGAAGAUCUCAUGUACGAGCAAGGUCACCACAUCUUCCUCCAACAGGUCUAUAAGUUCCCUGAAGACAUUGAUGGAUAUAAUGAUGGCUCAAUCACGCAAACACUUGGCAGCGUGGCUUCUAAGGAAGGCCGUCUUAUUACGUUUCCAAACACUCUUCAGCAUCAAGUUUCUUCGUUCUCCCUGGACGAUCAUUCUAAGCCCGGCCAUCGGAAGAUCCUUGCGCUGUUCCUUGUGGAUCCUCAUACACGAAUUAUUUCUUCCGCUAACGUUCCUCCGCAGAGAGCGGACUGGAGACGAAACAAAAAGGCACCCCAGAACAUUUCAGCAGAACUACGGAGUGUUUCAGAAGAAGCUGUCAACCCAACAAUGACCAUGGAGGAGGCCAAGUCCUACAGACUGGAGCUCAUGAAGGAGCGCGGACUCAGUGACGAGAAACGCAAUUCUGCUUUCGAGCAAGGAUCAUUCAGUCUUUGCGAGCACUAA